AUGGAACCUGACGGGAUUGGCGAACUCAAGCUACCACUGUUGCAUACAUCGGAAGCUGCUACCGCCCCUGUUAGGACCGUCACGUUCCAACUGAGCGACGUCAAGUGUUCUUCAUGCGUGAAUUCUGUCGAGGCCGUCGUCGGGAGCCUUAACGGCGUCAAAAGCGUCGCCGUUUCGCCGCUUGACGGUCGCGCCGCCAUCAAGUUUGACCCUAAGUUGGUUACUGUGAAACAAAUAAAAGGGAAAACAUCGGAUGCUUUAGGAAAGCUAACUCAACUUGUUCCUGAUAAAGCUUUUUUAGUAGAAAUUGAUACCGAAGGAAAUAUAAUCACAGAGACAGAAAUUGACACUCAACUUAUACAAAAAAAUGACAUAAUUAAGAUUGUUCCUGGGGCCAAAAUUCCUGUUGAUGGUAUUGUUAUAAAAGGGCAAAGCUAUGCAAAUGAAAGUAUGAUCACUGGGGAGGCAAGACCUGUUGAUAAAAGCCCAGGAGACAAGGUUAUCAGUGGAACCAUCAAUGAAAAUGGAUGCUUACUGGUAAAUGCCACACAUGUUGGAUCAGACACUACACUUUCUCAAAUAGUUCAACUAGUUGAAGCUGCUCAACUUGCCAAAGCACCAGUUCAAAAACUUGCUGACCAUAUUUCAAGGGUUUUUGUUCCAAUAGUGGUUGUUGUGGCGCUAAUAACUUGGCUUGGAUGGUUCAUUCCUGGGGAAGCUGGUAUUUUCCCUGAACAUUGGAUACCAACAGCAAUGGAUGCAUUUGAGCUAGCUUUGCAGUUUGCUAUUUCUGUGUUGGUUGUUGCUUGCCCAUGUGCUCUGGGACUUGCAACACCAACAGCAGUCAUGGUUGCUUCAGGCAUGGGUGCUUCUCAAGGUGUGCUCAUCAAGGGCGGAAAUGCGCUGGAAAAGGCACACAAGGUAAAAGUUGUUGUGUUUGAUAAGACUGGAACACUAACAGUUGGGAAGCCAGAGGUAGUUAGUGCAGUUCUGUUUUCUGAAUUUUCUAUGGAGGAGUUAUGUGACAUGACAAUUGCUGUUGAGGCAAGUAGUGAGCACCCGAUAGCAAAAGCUGUUGUGGUACAUGCGAAAAGGCUGCGGCAGAAAUUUGGUUCUUCCACAGAUGAAGUCCCGGAUGUGAAUGAUUUUGAGGUACACAUGGGAGCUGGUGUAAGUGGAAAAGUUGGUGAUAGAAAGGUUGUAGUUGGAAACAAGAGACUCAUGCAUGCUUGUAAUAUUCCAGUAGGUUCUAAGGUUGAGAAGUACAUAUCUGAAAAUGAAAAUCUAGCUAGAACUUGCAUUUUAGUUUCAAUUGAUGGAAAGAUUGCUGGAGCAUUCUGCGUAACUGAUCCUGUAAAGCCAGAGGCUAGACGUGUUGUAUCUUUUCUCCACUCCAUGGGCAUUUCAAGUAUCAUUGUGACUGGUGAUAACCGUGCUACCGCAAUUGCUAUAGCAAAUGAAGUAGGUAUUGAUGAGGUUUUUGCUGAGACAGAUCCUGUUGGCAAAGCUAACAAGGUGAAAGACUUGCAGAUGAAAGGAAUGACUGUGGCAAUGGUAGGUGAUGGAAUAAAUGACUCACCAGCCCUGGUUGCUGCUGAUGUUGGCAUGGCAAUUGGUGCUGGAACUGACAUUGCUAUAGAAGCAGCUGACAUAGUUCUGGUCAAAAGCAGUUUGGAAGAUGUGAUCACAGCCAUAGAUCUAUCUAGAAAGACCAUGUCACGCAUCCGACUGAACUACAUCUGGGCUCUUGGUUACAACAUUCUAGGCAUGCUAAUUGCUGCAGGAGUCUUGUACCCUUUUGCUGGAAUCAGAUUGCCCCCAUGGCUUGCUGGUGCUUGCAUGGCUGCUUCGUCUCUUAGUGUGGUUUCAUCCUCUCUCUUACUGCAGUUCUAUAAAAAACCUCUUCAUAUAGAAUCCUUUUGA